AUGGACCAGCAGCCAGAACAUCUAGGCCUCAGUGGGAUUCCAGCUCCAGGCCAGAAAGGCAGCAAAAACCAGGCGCUGCUGAGGUCGGGACCAGCUGCACUGAAUAAUGACCGGUUCCAGGGAGACAACGUGGACUCAGAGGUGAGGAAGUACCUUGAAAAACUCAAGCAAAGGAAAAAUGAGCAAGAAAAAGGAAGGAAGGAAGAGGGCCCUCUGACCCCAUCCAGCAGAGCAAAGCCCUUUGGUCAAGACCAGAGAGCCAAGCAGAUCCAGGCCUGGUGGCGGGGCACGCUGGUGCGCCGGACGCUGCUGCUGGCCGCGCUCAGCGCCUGCGUGGUCCAGCGCUGGUGGCGGCGGCUGCAGGCGCGGCAGCUGGAGGCGCGGCGCUGGGCGGCGCUGGAGGCCUACGCCCGGCAGAGGUGGGCGGCCGUGCGGCUGCAGGCCUGGGUCCGCAUGUGGUGCGUCCGCCUGCGCUACUGCCGCCUGCUGCAGGCCGCCCGCAUCAUCCAGGCCUACUGGCGCUGCCACAGCUGCCAGACCACCGGCUUCUUCCAGGGCCGGUACGAGCUCACGGCCAACCAGCUGGAGCUGGAACUGGAGAUCUUCCUGGGGUCACAGAUUUGCCGGAUUACAGAGUGGAUCCCCUUCCCAAUAAAGAACUGACCAGGUCUGCUCCA